AUGGUUGGACCUUUUCUCUCUCUCUCUUCUCCCCUCCCUCCUGACCCUGCAAAGACCCUGCCGGCUCCUGAAGACCUGCAAUCUGCACAGUCCUACAAGUAUUGCACUGUACAGGCAUCUGCAAUCGACGGUGGCAUCGCUCCCGCUGGACCCAGAAAUCGCCGGCAACGUCUUCGGGGGGCGUACCUGCUCGCAGCAGCCCGGGCAGGUAGCAGUACCUCUGCCGCAGACGACCGCCGAAAGAGAGGGAAAAGAGGGUCCGCGCCACCCGCCGCUCUGGCUCCAGCCAAGGGCCCGCCUCCGCUGGACGGAGCGCUCGCAGUGGCUGUUUUUGGCUCUGGCAGUGGCUCCGGUAGGCUUUUGCGCUGGCCCUGCGCUGGCCGAUGCGCUGCACGGCGCUCUGCAGCCCACUGCCGUCCAUACAAACCCAGCACCACCCUGUCGCCCGCUUCUCCCUCCCCCAUUCUUCUCCAUCCCAGCCAAGUCGCUCUGCUUUGCGCCGUUCUGUGCGAGCGAUCCCACCCGUGGGGAGAGGCCGAGUCUCUGUCGCCUGGAACUGGAAUUGCGAUCACGCCCCCCUUGCUUUCGCUUCACCGCACAACCCAACGGCAGUCAAAAGGAACCCGACGCCCACUAUCGCGCGCAGCAGCUGAGUCGCGACGACACGCCCUUUCUGAAGAGUGUCUCGUACUGAAGACCGGCACAACUACGAUAUACUUGCUGGACGACGAGCUUCUUCUCUCGCUGGAUCCCGCGCCGCCUCACUCGGGCGCAUUUCGCAUUCAAGUCGCAUGCCGCGGACAGACUGACCAUUGGCUUCUCACUUUUCGCUCAACCGACCCCGACCCUGCAUGA